CGGGUAUUAGAUGAAAUAUAAAUAGGCUGGUUUACUAGUCAGACGUCGUCAGAGAAUAGGAACCCAAUGAUUCCCAUAUGUCCAGUAGUCUCCUUCACCUAUGUGCCCAGCCGGCUUGGUGAAGAUGCCAAAAUGGCUACCGGCAACUACUUUGGAUUUACCCAUGGCGCUGCUGCCCAGUACAGUCAGCAGCCAACUGCCGGGGUAGCCUACACCCACCCCACCACAGUGGCCAGCUACACUGUGCACCAAGCCCCUGUGGCGGCACACACCGUUGCAGCCGCCUACGCCCCCACCGCAGCCACAGUUGCCGUAGCCAGGCCAGCACCGGUCGCUGUGGCGGCCGCUGCUACUGCUGCAGCUUAUGGAGGCUACCAACCGACCCAUGCCGCCACAGACUAUGGCUAUGCCCAACGCCAGCCUGAAGUCCCUCCUCCACCACCGCCUGUCACCUCCCAGAACUACCAGGAUUCCUACUCUUAUGUUCGCUCUACAGCUCCGGCUGUCGCUUAUGACAGUAAGCAGUACUACCAGCAGCCCACUGCCACAGCGGCUGUUGCUGCUGCACAGCCACAACCAACUGUGGCAGAGUCCUACUACCAGACAGCUCCUAAACCAGGAUACAGCCAGGGGGUAACGCCAUACACGCAGACUCAGCAGACCCGACAGGUGACUGCCAUCAAGCCGGCUGCUCCCAGCCCAGCCACAUCCACCUUCUCCAUCUACCCAGUGUCCUCCACUGUCCAGCCAGUGGCUGCCGCUACGGUGGUCCCUUCUUACUCCCAGAGCCCUACGUAUAGCACAAAUGCUGUCACAUACUCUGGUACCUCAUACUCGGGCUAUGAAGCAGCAGUGUACUCAGCAGCCUCCACCUACUACCAGCAGCAACAACAGCAGCAGCAACAGAAGCAGGCGGUAGCAGCUGUUGCAGCUUCGGCAGGAUGGACAGGCAGUACCUUUACCAAGAAACCCCCUUUCCAAAGUAAGCAGCUGCGCCCCAAGCAGCCACCCAAACCCCCUCAGAUCCACUACUGUGAUGUCUGUAAGAUCAGCUGCGCGGGCCCACAGACCUACAAAGAGCAUCUGGAAGGCCAGAAGCAUAAGAAGAAGGAGGCAGCACUAAAGGUUUCUCAGAGCAGCAGCAGCAGUGGCAGCGGCACUGGUGGAGGUGGAAUCUCAGCCCGCAGCGCUCAGAACCAACUCCGCUGUGAACUCUGUGACGUGUCUUGUACUGGCGCUGAUGCCUAUGCCGCCCACAUCCGGGGAGCCAAGCACCAGAAGGUAGUGAAGCUUCAUACCAAACUUGGCAAGCCCAUCCCCUCCACAGAACCAAGUGUAGUGACCCAGACCCCCUUGUCCACCACAGCUGCCCCCAGCAAGACCCCCGGCUCUACCCUGGGGAGCUCCAGCACCACCUCCUCUCUGUCCAUAGUCCCCUCCUCUUCCUCUUCCUCCUCCAGCUCUUCUCCUGCCACCUCCAACUCAACCUAUCUGAAGCCAGUCAACAUAGUCAGCAGUGGUGUUGGUAGUAUGAAGAACCCAGCAGCCAGCAGCCUCUCCUCUGCCAACUCCACAACAGCCGUGAAGAAAGUCAGCACCCCCAAGAUCAAUUUUGUUGGUGGAAACAAAUUGCAGACCACAGCAAAGGUGGAGGAGACCAAGGUAGAGGUAUCCAAGCCUGUGCCGUCCUCAUUAACUGCUCAGGAGACCAAGAGUGAUGUCUCAGAUUCACUAUCUACAUCGGCCUUGGCUGCACUACAGAGUGACGUCCAGCCUGUGGGCCAUGACUAUGUGGAGGAGGUCCGAAAUGAUGAAGGUAAAGUCAUCCGCUUCCAUUGCAAGCUGUGUGAAUGUAGUUUUAACGAUCCAAACGCAAAGGAGAUGCAUCUUAAAGGUCGGAGGCAUCGCUUGCAAUACAAGAAAAAGGUGAACCCAGACCUUCAGGUAGAGGUGAAGCCUAGCAUCCGGGCCAGGAAGAUUCAGGAAGAAAAGAUGAGAAAACAGAUGCAAAAAGAGGAGUACUGGAGAAGAAGAGAAGAGGAGGAGCGCUGGAGAAUGGAAAUGAGGCGAUAUGAGGAAGAUAUGUACUGGAGACGCAUGGAGGAAGAGCAGCACCACUGGGAUGAGCGGCGCCGUAUGCCUGAUGGAGGGUUUCCCCAGGGUCCCCCCGGUCCCCCCGGCCUGCUGGGAGUCCGGCCUGGCAUGCCUGGCCUGCAGCCUCAGGGACCUGUGCCUCCACGUCGACCUGAUUCCUCAGACGACCGCUAUGUCAUGACCAAACAUGCAGCCAUCUACCCUUCAGAAGACGAGCUCCAGGCUAUUCAGAAGAUUGUGUCCAUCACCGAACGCGCCCUCAAACUGGUGUCAGACAUAAUCACUGAUCAGGACAAAGCCAAGGAAGAGGACAAGGAAAAAAAAGAAGUCCCAAAAGACAGAGCAUUGAAAGGAGUGAUGAGAGUUGGAGUCCUGGCCAAAGGCCUGCUUCUUCGUGGGGACAAGAAUGUUAACCUGGUCCUGCUCUGCUCUGAGAAGCCCACCAAGGGCCUCCUCACCCGCAUAGUGGAGCACCUCCCCAAGCAAUUAACAAUGGUAACACCAGAAAAAUAUGAGGUCAAGGGGUCUAUCCAGGAAGCGGCCAUCAUCCUGACAUCCUGUUCGGAGCCGAAGAUGCAAGUGACAAUCACACUGACUUCACCUAUCAUCCGAGAGGAAAACGGCCGGGAUGGAGAUGUAACCUCGGGUAUGGUGAAAGACCCAGCGGACGUCUUGGACAGGCAAAAAUGCCUUGACGCUCUGGCUGCUCUGCGCCACGCUAAGUGGUUCCAGGCUAGAGCCAAUGGACUUCAGUCCUGUGUGAUCAUCAUCCGAAUCCUGCGGGACCUGUGUCAGCGAGUUCCUACGUGGUCGGCCUUCCCAGGCUGGGCCAUGGAGCUGCUGGUUGAGAAGGCCAUCAGCAGUGCUUCUGCCCCACUCAGCCCAGGUGAUGCACUGAGACGUGUCUUCGAAUGUAUUUCUUCUGGCAUAUUACUCCCUGGUGGGCCAGGAUUGGUAGAUCCUUGUGAAAAGAAUCCUGCAGACACCCUAACAGCAAUGGGAGAGCAGCAAAGAGAGGACAUUACCUCAAGUGCCCAGUUUGCUUUGAGGCUGCUGGCAUUCCGACAGAUCCAUAAAGUUUUGGGUAUGGACCCGCUGCCGCAGAUAAACCCUCGAUUCAACAUCCGGAACAACCGCAAGCGGCGCCGCGACAACAGCGACGGGACGGACAGCUUUGAGGGCGAAGGCAAAAAAGACAAGAAGGAUUACGAUAGCUAUUAGGCUUCCCCUUUAACAAUUUAAAGUUGUUUAUAUACAUAUAUAUGUAUUUGUUUUCACUGCAUUUAACAACUGAGUUUGCACUGCCUCCUGUGUAGUGGCUUAAGACCAGUGUUUUUUUCCAGCUUGGUCUUGUAAAACAACAGGUGUACUGGUGUGACUGCAGCUUCACUUGGUACUACAUAAACCAAAAUUUGUCCUAUGUGUAAUGUUUUAGCUGUAUAUUGAUCAGAGUUUAAGUUCAGACCUAAGCCUUUCCUAGAGUAAGCAGUUUUUACCUGAUAUGCUUCUCAAAUAGAAGUAUUCCUGACAUUGGCUUCCUAAGCUCUGCAGCCACUCCUUUCUGGAGAGUUCUUUUUUGUUUUUAAAUUGUGAGGAAAGGCAUUCCUCACAAGAUCUAAAAAUGGAGCCAGAUCUUUGUUUGUUAAAUCUAUAUUGUGGAUCAGAAGGAAAAGCUAAAGAUAAAUGUCAAUGCCUUCGUUCAUGCAUUUUAUAGUUUCAUUCAGAGGUUGACUUAGUUUUGUAGCCAUUGUGAAACACCUCAUUUGGUCUGCAACUUUUGUUUUCUAAAUUGUUCUUUUUGAAUAUUAAUUUCUCUGUGCUUAAUGCAAGUGGUGUUUGAUGCUGUGGUCUUGUCAUGUCUAACGGCUAGGCCGCAAUUAAGUGAACAGAUCCAUGUGGCAUUGCACUGCAGUUCUGAAGAAAAAUGUUAAUUCUCGAGACAUUUAUGUUAGUAGUGAAGUUAUUCCCUAAAUGUAGCUUUAUAUAUGUCUCUUUAAAUUUUCAUAUAUGAAAAUAUUUCUAGAAUCUUGAAAUAGAUAAAAAAGCUUUGAUUUAUGGACAGCAUGACAGUGUUCAAAUCAUUUGUUAUUGUGUUUUGGCUUUUAACAUUUGUUUUAAUGGAAAACUUUACAGGCUUGCUUGCCCUUAUCUUGGUUUGGUGCUGCAUCGUUCAUUUCAGUAACCUAUAUGAAAUUAAAAUUAUGACAGUGGGGGAAAAGCUGUAACUUUGAUGUUGUAAUUGCAGUUCAAUGUAGGUCCAUUCUUGAAUGCCCACCAGGCUGUGUAUUCUGCUUUACAAGGAGCAGAAUAAAUACAUUUCCUGAAGGA